AUGACUGUAUUCACGCCGGAGCAAGACCUCCCUCGGCCGAAGGACGUCGGUGUCCUGGCAUUGGACAUCUACUUUCCCUAUUGGUGUGUCUCUGAGCUCGAAGACUAUGAUGGAGUUUCGAAGGGCACAUACACCAUCGGCCUGGGGCAAGAAUAUAUGGCAUUCACUGAUGACCGCGAGGACACCCACUCAUUCGCGCUGAACGCUGUUUGCGGCCUCCUCGAAAAGUACAACAUCGAACCAAAUUCUAUCGGCCGCCUCGAAGUCGGCACCGAGACCAUCGUCGACAAGUCUAAGUCGGUGAGGACCGCCAUCAUGGAUCUCUUCACCGACGCCGGCAACUUGGACGUCGAGGGCGUCGACUUGAAGAACGCGUGCUACGGACCGACCGCUGCGCUCUUCAACGCGAUCAACUGA